AUGCCGAACCUCCGCUGCUGCUCGUCUUCCUCCCUCUCGCUGCCCGCCGAGAGCUACAUCUACCAGCUCUGUGCGGCAGGCCCGGCGUCCCUUGCAGCCAUCUCGUCAGAUAACUCGCUACGCCGCUUCGACCGCAACUCCCUGGCGCUUCUGCCGGACGGACUGGUCAAGGAGACGCAUGCGGCGGGCGUCAGCUCGCUUUGUGCUGCUGGCGAUGGGCUGCUGGCCACCUGCGGGAAGGACGGGACGGUCAAGCUCUGGGACGCUCGCCGGGCUGGUGCCGUAGCUGUCUUCCAAGCCGGUACACCCAUAUACCCCUUUAUUGACUUGAGUAUUAGCUAUAAAGGCAUGCCGUUGCUCUCGUUGGCCUGUAAUGCGUCUUCUCAUUCAAUUGUUGCUGGCACGGAGCUGGUAAAGCCAGACGCCUUUGUCCUAUUUUGGUAUAUAUCUACCCAUAUACACCAGAUAUUUAAAGGGACUGCUAUACAAUUUCACCCUUCUCGUCCUUCAGUACUUCUAUCAGGCAGCACGGAUGGCCUGGUAAACAUAUAUGAUACCACAGUCCCCGAGGAAGAGGAUGCUUUGGUACAAGUAGUCAAACAUUCUUCUAUACACCAUGCAGGGUUCAUGCAAGAUAAGGCAGUCUACGCCCUCUCUCAUGAUGAGAUGUUCUCCAUCCAUCCAGUAACCUCUGCUGAUGAAGACGAUACCCCCGCUAAUGAGGUCAAGGCCGUUGAGUUUGGGGAUUUGCGGCCAGUGCUAAAGGCAGAGUAUGUGGUGCAGGUUCUGGUUGAUGCAGCUGGGAGCUAUGUUGCGUCGGGCAGGACAAGGUGGGUUCCCCUCUCCUACUACUUCUGUACUUUCAAGACCAUGCUAAUGAAUGGUAAAUGCAGUGAUCGGAGCCUAUCAUUGACGCCGCUGGGGCAUACGCCGGAGUUUCAUUUUGAGCAGUCGAAUUCGUGGAUGCUGCCGGGCGCUCAUGGGGAGGAAGUAGUUCGUUCAGUACUGUUUGACAGCGAGUCACGGACGGUCUAUACAUGUGGUGAAGACGGCCAUGUAAGGCUGUGGAAGGAGGAGUCUGCUCCAUCCGCCGAGCUUUCAUCUAUACGGCCUACCAAACAGCGCAAGGAAAAGGGGUACAAACCAUACUAA